UCUUCGUCGCGAGUGGAAACGCGAGAGAAUUUCGAUGCGUGUGACGAAAGGCGAGAAACAGAGAAUCGGCAGUGAAAAGUUUAAUGUUGCUGUAUGUCAGAUCGCGAUAUAUCGCCACUUAAAAGUAAUUGCUUCACAUUCAAUCGCGAGGAAAAGAAUAAAAUAAGCAGAGAAUAAGCUGAAAAAAACAAAUACAUACACUAGAAGAGAAAAAACCGCCAGUGUAUUUUAUUUAUCUUGAGAAUUUUAGAAUAUUUCUUCUUUCGGCAUUAAAUGACCGAGUCACGUAAUGUAUAUACUACGCUAGAAUACGAUACGCACACACAUCCGUAAGACGCGCGUGUCCGGUAAGUUGCAUUGCACGAUGACCGCGACUACGACCGCGCCAAUAUAAACACCAAACAAGAAGGUCACGGCGCUGGUGAAUUGUGUUAAGUGCGCCAGGCAACUUUUUUAUAUGUCAAAGUGGUUCCGCGUAAAAUUUCUCGUCGGCAGAAUACUCUCUUGAUCGUGAAUGACGAUAGAAUACAAACGAUAGAAUAUAGACGAUAUUGACGCAUCUUAUAUAACUAAAAAGAAAAAAGGGAAAAGAAGCCUUCGUUGUGAUAAAAUCAUUCUGGGAUAGGACAAAAGAGAAAUAAUAGAACGAUAACGAAACUGUGCCGGGAUGUUGCACGAGGAGCUGCUGAGCUCCAGCUAACACGUGGUGAUUACGCGCACACUCCACAGUUGCGAGAGGCCAGGACGGUGUUUUGUCGUAAAGGGUUGGGACCUCCAGGAUGCCAGGAGUGUGGAAGUUGCUGCACAUGCUGAUUUACAUGAUGGUGGCUGGCUUGAAGAGCGUCAAUAGCAACAGCGACAUUUGGCCGCUGGAAAGACCAGAGGGUAUGCCGGCCAUCCAGUCUUUGGAAGUGAUGUGCGGUAAGGAUCAUAUGGACGUUCAUCUUUCGUUCUCGCAACCUUUCGAAGGGAUCGUCUCGUCCAAAGGCCAGCACGCGGACCCACGAUGCGUCUAUGUUCCGCCGUCUACGGGACAAACAUUCUUCUCCUUUCGAAUAGCUUACGCGAGAUGCGGCACAAAGCCAGAUAUGCACGGACAGUUUUAUGAAAACACUGUAGUGGUGCAGUACGAUAAAGACCUGCUUGAAGUUUGGGACGAGGCUAAGCGUUUACGAUGCGAAUGGUUUAACGAUUACGAGAAGACUGCGUCGAAACCGCCGAUGGUUAUUGCGGAUCUCGAUGUAAUACAGCUGGACUUUAGAGGCGAUAAUGUGGACUGUUGGAUGGAAAUUCAGCACGGUAAGGGUCCAUGGGCGCCACCCGUCUCUGGAAUCGUACCGCUCGGCUCUACUCUAACUUUGGUCGUCGCCAUAAAUGAUUACCGAGGUGAAUUUGACAUGCGGGUCAAGUCCUGUGUAGCUUCGGACGGCGGCGAUCACACAAUACAGCUCAGUGACGAGUCCGGCUGCGUCCUCAGGCCGAAGAUGAUUAGUAGAUUCUUGAAAGCUCGAGGUUCGGACGACCGCGCGACUGUCAUCACAUACGCCUUCUUUCAUGCGUUUAAAUUCCCGGACGCGUUGAGCGUACAUAUCAAGUGCAAGGUGGAAAUAUGUCGAUAUGGUUGCCUGGAUCACUGUCAAUUGAGUGGUUCCGUGGCUCACUAUGUACAAGAGAGAAAAGAUCAAAUACGACCGCAGUACGUACAGAGCACGGUAGUCUCUACCACUCCCGAUGACUAUAAUAAUAGCGCGAAUAAACACGACGAAGACGCGGACAGUGACGCUGAGCAAGAGGAUGGUCCUUCGUACGACGACGUCAUCCAGAACGGUGACGAGAUGGCGUCAAUCGACAAGCAUUUCCUUGACGUUGAAAAAUUGCUUCCGAAAGCGCAAGCACAAACGAGUAAUCGAUUACCACCGACUAUAACCGAAACGCAACCCAAUAGCAAGAUCUAUUUCGAUGAUCUAUCAAAGUCAUUCAUGGAACCACCGCGCAUAAUUAGAUACGAGAGCGAGCAGGAUUUUCCGCACGGGCCACGCAAUCUCGAGGAAGACAGCGGCGCGACGCCGCUCUCUACCGGCACUACCCGGCGAAAACGCUCGAUGACAGUGACGGAUAGAAAAGUGCGCAGCGCUGACGUCGGUGUCAGCGGUAUCUAUGAAGUUAUCUCCGAAGCGGAUCUGGCCUUCAGUCCAGACGCGCACGUCGAAGCAGUAACCGUUUUCCAAGGUAGAAUACGCGAGGAAGUAGUUUACGGGAUCUGUCUGCCAAUGCCGGGUUUCAGCGCGCUCUUCAUUGUCGUCGCCCUUUCAGCGGUUGUCUCUGCGCUUGUUGCUGGUGCAAUGCUGCACCGGCUGCAAGUGCAGCGGGAAGUUACUGUUGUUAACAAGGAAAACAACCAAACUGACGUGCACAUAAACAACAGUUGGUUAUCUUACGGUCUACUCCGCGUGCGCUGCACAGCGCGAUCCGUUCACCAUCCCGAAGAGCUGAAGCAAGCAAGCCUGGCCUCGCAAGCCACUUCGGAUUCGUCAGUCGAACGAGGCUGACGACGAAGUCAGGGAUUCGCUUCGGUCUCAAGACGCGCUGAUUAGAUGAAUCUGAAGAAAAGACAAUGUGCAAUACUAUGCUGUACAAAGUAUUAUAAGUGCAUAUAAGAAUCCGCGCGAUUACAGGUCAAGAAAACUAAUUAUUUUGCAGGAAAAUGCACGCAGGAAAGAGGAGAAUGAAAAUAAAAACUAUUUAUAAUAUUGACAUGUCCGAGUGUCUUCCUGCGAAUCGCGCGAUUGCACUGAAUUUUCGCGAAUCGCAGUCACCGAGAACUUUGUCUUUAGGUACGUCUUUAGUCUGAUUUUUAGCGAAUCUAUCUUUGUAACUGUCAUACUAUAUAGGUAUAGGCACAAUCUUGUAACCCGAUGUUAAUGAUAAUGUCCUUGUUAUAAAUUGUUUUAUAAAUAUAUAUAUAUAUGUAUAUAUAUAUAUAUAUAUACUUUUAUUAAUCCUUUGUGAACAGACUUUAAACAUGACGAUUAUUUGGACAGUCUGGUCUGUGAGACCCACACGACUUUCAAAUCGAAUAUCUCUGCAAAAAAUUAAUAUUUUUUCAAUUGUCUUUUUGAAGCAAAAGGUUGAAUGAUUCUGCAUCAAUAAAAAAACAAAUUGAAAAAAUAGUAGUUUUGAAGAUAAGCGUUUAAAAACACUAAUAUCUACUAGAGACACGCAAUUUUUGAGUGUAUCUGGUAUUCUCAUAUCUGUCCGCAAAAAGUUAGAUUAAUUAUUACAGAAAAGAAUAACAAGAGAAAAGUAAAAUAUACUCUAAUUUGAGAAAAAGAUUUGUUAU